AUGGUAGAUGAGAGGAAUAUGAUUGAUGACAUCAGAGUCUCCUCAGAAGUAAUCACAGAAAGUGCUUACAUCUUUAGUCAUUUUUAGACCAAUGAACCCAAAGUUGGCCUUUAUUACAUAAAUUAGGACGUGAAGUAAUUGAUUGUGACUACUGAUGAAAUCUAGGAGCAGCAAUAGCAGCUAUCCAAAGAACUUGAUAAUGCUAUUUUAGACAUGAAUAAUACACUCAAAGAAACAAAUGAUCUAGGCCAGUUAAAUUCCUAAUUUGCAGAUAGAAUAGAGGAGUAGAAAAAGGGUCCUAUAAGCGGUAUGCUACAAUCACUAUUUUCAUCUUUUAAGAAAUCUAAGUGA